AUGGGGUGGCUCGGAAAGUCGGUCAUGCUUUUUUUCGCCGCCUACUGCGGCUACACAAUGUGGGACCUGUAUAGAGCCACCUCGGCCCCAAGGGCUGAGGGGCGUGUUUCGCAGUCUCUCGAGGGCCUUUCUAGGGAAGAACUACAAAAGUUACCGGAUGUAUUAGUCAACAAGAUUGACAAGGGAUCUUAUCUGAACUUCGACAUGAUGAUAUCUCAGUAUCCGGCUCUUCCCCCCCUAGACCGGGUCCGGCAGCACAUGAUUUGGCAUCUACAGGAAAAGAACUCAAUGCCAAAGGAAUUCAGCCUCGUAGGCAUCUCUCGCUUUAAGCCGUAUUCCUUUGAUGAAGAGGAAGAUGAGGAGGAGGAGGAUUCUGAAGCAGAGGUCGAAGCAGGGGCGGAGGAAGCUGAAAAAAGCCCAACGCAGGACGAUGCAGAAGAGCCACCGUCAGAGGCUUCCUCGGACCGCACGAAGGAUCAUGGCAAGGCAGACACCCAGACCAAGAAGAAACAGAAGAAAGGAUGGGUGAUGGGGCAUCUUUUUUCUGCCUUUAAGAGGCUUAACCGCAUCUGGAGGGCCUGGAGAGAUUAUUUGGACGUCUCAAGCGGCAACAUUGCAUCCUUUACGGCUGGAAUCCCGCCCCAUUAUAGAGAAGGGAACCAAACCCUCUAUCUACACGUCUUUGUGUCUGAUGAAGAGGGCAACGAGUUGCCGCUCCAUCAAGUUCGCCGUAUCACGACCUACAUGGUGCCCGAGAAGCACAAAGUCAUCAAGAGAUACUUGUUGCAGGAUCCAACGGGAAGCGUCCUUCAGAAGAAGCUUGAGGGGCUGCAGGUGCCUGGCGCCCCCAUACAGUGCAUCCCGGAGUUCGUGAUGGUCGGUCCCGUGAUCGAACACCAGCCACUGCACCUGCCAACAAUGAAAGCCAAGCUUGGGCAGAACUGGCCUUUCAUCAACGCGGAGGAACAGACCUAUAUCUUGCCACCCUUCAUUAGCGCGGACAUCUCUCCCCAGGACGAGUACCAACCCCUUGAGACAUCCCCCCUGGACGCCGUGCAACCCGACGCCGACGCCGACAACCUCAACAAGCCCUUAUUCAUCAACGUCAUGUAUCAGCCAGUCGGGUAUGCGUAUUGGUACUUACAACAGAUGCUGACGGGAAGCUUCGCGCUUCUAGAGCAAAGGUUUGGGCUCGACGCGUACGACAUGAACUCGUUGAAGAUGACGACAGCGGCGGCAGCAAAGAAGAACUCUUUUUUGAUCCUUGUUUGCAUAUUCUUCUUCUCCCUCGCACACUGCUUCCUCGAACUCACGGCAUUGCAGGCAGAUCUCUCUUUCUGGCGCAAACAGAAGGACCCCAGCGGCUUUUUUUCUCUGCGAACUCUGGCCUACGAGGUGCUGACCGAAGUCAUAGUCGCCUUGUAUCUCCACGAGAACGAUUCCAAGCUUCCUCUUUUCUUUGUUUGUCUUCAUAUCCUCCUCAACGUCUGGAAGAUCAGCAAGUUUGUUCAAGUGUCAGUGAAGCCUCAGUACCCGUUUGUUCACAUACGACGCAAGGGUGCCGCCGACGCCAGUGGUGCAAAUCCAAAAGGGGUUCCUCAAGUUCCAGUUCUCGAUGACAAGACGCGCGAAGGCGCUGAAGCAUUCGAGUCUAAAUGCAUGCGCAAGUUGAUGUUUUUCUUGGUCGCACCGCUAAUCAUCGGGGUUGCCGCCUAUCAACUUGUAUACGUACCCCAAAAAGGAUGGUGGUCGUGGCUAAUCACUAGCGCGGCAGUUUGCUGUUACGGCUUGGGAUUCGUCGCAAUGACCCCACAGCUGUUCAGGAAUUACUACCUGAAAUCCGUGGAGUACAUGCCGUGGCGUGUCCUUUGCUGCCAGUUCGUCAAUACUUUCGUGGACGACGUCGCCGCUUAUGUCAUUCGCAUGCCCAAAAUGCAUCGGAUGAGUGUAUUCCGUGAUGACAUCGUGUUUUUGAUUCUCAUGUAUCAGCGGUGGCUAUACAGAAAUGCCCGACUGCCGGAGCAAACAGAGGAGCAAAAAGUGAAGAAAAGGAGGAAAUUGAGACUAGGGGUAUGUGGAGAAGAAUGCAGGGCUAUGCUUGCGCCCAUGUACGUAGCAUAUUGCAUUUGGACUGAUCAAGGAUGCAUCGGUCGUAAUUUCGUUGAAUGUGGCUGUUCCAUGAGGCGCCAUUGCCAUCCGCUCCAUGCCUUCCGCGGCGGUUUCCAGAAUGCAAGGGUUUUACAUGCCGCUGAACUGGAUCUUGUUUGA